CAUUGGCAAGAUGGUGGUACAUAAAACCAAAUCGCAAGCAGCUCUCUAGCAUGUAUGAUGAGGAUCAUGUCUUGCAGCAGCUUAGAUGUUGUGGAGUUUUUGAAGUUUUUAGAAUCUCUAGAUUUGGAUAUCCUGCUCGAAUGACACAUCAGAAAUUCACAGAAAGGUAUGGCUCGCUACUGUUGGAAACUAAUGAAUCCCAGGAUCCUUUAAGUAUUUCAUUUGCUGUUCUAAAACAAUUUAAUGUCCUCCCUGAAAUGUAUCAAAUUGGCUACACCAAACUGUAUCUUCGAAUUGGGCAGAUUGGUGCAUUUGAGGAUAGGCGAAAACAGGUGUUGCCAGUAGUUGCAGAUGGUGAAAUCCAAGGGAAGUACACUAAUGAGGAGGCAAGUAGCUACUCAGAAUCUGGUUCCCAAUUACUUGAGCAGUUGACAGCAAUCAUAGAUUUACAAUCUGUAAUUCGUGGAUGUUUGGUCCGGAAACAUCUCAGUAACUUGCAUGCUCUGAGAUUGUUGAGAUCUAGACUAGCGGUGUCUAGACAAAAAUCCGAAGGUAUUUUCUUCUCUUAA